CUUCCCUCCAAUCCCCAGAAGAACACAGUACAAACACCCAUCACUUCCAUCUCCCCCACCCACAAGCCCUCAUCAUAGCAACGGCAUCGUCUUCUUUCUCGCUUGCAAGCAACCACGGCGCUGCCUUUAGAAAAUAUUGCUACGCACCAAAGCCUCACUAGAAAGACAUAUAAGCAUUCAAUUCACACCCUUUACUCUUCUUUCGACAGUGUGGUAGUUGCACAUAACUACGACAUUUCACCCCGUUAAUCUCUCUCUCUCUCUCUCUCUCUCUAUUAUUUAGGUGGGGGGGAGGGGUGGCAGCUAGGAAGCAAGGCCUGGGUUCAGCGACGAGGAUGAGCGGGGUUGAGUUGCACCAUGCAGCGCCGAAGCGUCGGUGGGACGAGCAAGGGACCCUGCACCCCGGCGCCGCUCCCUUCCAUCAGCGGUGCGGGGAUGUCGGUGCGGCCGCAGCGCCUGCUCAGCCCCCUCGCAGGAAGCUCUUGUCGCUCUCGGCCAUGGACGACGAGGCGGCUGCGUCGGUCAUCCCCCCGGUCACCGUCGUCCUUGAGGGGCGCUCCAUCUGCCACCGCAUCUACCUCGACCAGCACACCAGCUACGAGAGCUUGGCGAAGGCCUUGCGUCGCAUGUUCGUCGAUUUCGAUGGGGGCGACGGACAUGGAGACGGGGGAGACCAGGAGCUGCAGCUGGCCAACGCAGUACCUGGCUACAUGGUGGCCUACGAAGACAUGGAGGACGACCUGCUCCUCGUGGGUGACCUUAACUGGAAGGAUUUCGUUCGUGUAGCCAAGAGAAUCCGAAUAAUCCCUGCAAAGGCCGGUCGUCGGAAACACUGUGGAGGGCAAUAGAAGAAGAUGUCGACUUUUGUUAAGAUAUACAUGCAUUAAGUUUAGAUGUCAACUGUUAAGAGCAGUACUUGAUGUCUCUCUGUGGUUUACUCGAACUGUGUUUAGUGCUUUUCUGCUUUGUCUCUAUCAUUGUAGUCGUAAACAUGCUUCUAUUUACUUCGGUCAAUGGCAUAA